GCAAAAAAAAAAAAAAACAACUCUCUUCAACAAAUCAAGCGUUCAAAUUUCAAAAAUUCAAAACUCAACCACAUCCCUACCAAAGUGCAACAACUCCAACAAACUUCACAACUGAUAUCAUCACAUGCCCAUAACAAUCCAAAACCUGAACCACCGUCCAAAACAUAAACACAAUUCACUCUUCCUCCCUCAAAAAUCAAAAGAAAACCACAAUGUCCAACAAAGGCAAACGCCAAGCUCCUUCAGUGCCGGUAGUUUCCACCGGCUGCUCAACAAAACUCAAGUCCUUCCUCUGUACCUGCAACCGAGCACCUCAACAGAAAGAAGAGAGGGAAGAAGAAAAGGUUGCGUCUUUCUCGACUCCUCUUCUUCCUCACAGUAGUAACAGAGGCAGCAGUUCGAUAUAUCAAGACUACUCGAAAAAGAUCAGACAGUUAGAAAUGGAGCUCGGGCAGAUGAAGAUGGCGCUAAGUAUCAAGAACCAACCCAAAGAGAACCACAAGAAAACAUCGACAAGGAAAGAGAUGAUCAAAUUAGCAGACGGAAGCUAUCUUCAUCAAAUUAAAAAGAUUGACAGCCCCUGGAAGAGAUUGCUGAUGCAAGUAUCUACACCGAUGAUUAUUGAAAAUGGCUCAACUGCUUCUCAGGUAAUUAGAGCAAUGGCAUCCAUGGGAAUGGAGGAUUUGUAUGAUUGCUUGACUGAGUCAAUGCCAAUGGGUGAUCUAAGGCAUUCUGACUUGAGCAAAAUGCAGAAGAGAAUCGUUACGCAGGGAUCAGAAGAUGGUUUUGUGGAGGCUGUACUUCUUGGUGCGACAGAGGAACUCGAAGUACUAGCAAUGGAAGGCUUAAGGAUACAAAUGAGCUCGACUAGGAAAGGAUCGGUAAAUAUGAGGAAUAACGAAAGGGCUAGGAAUAAAGAACCAGUUGUUCUGGCAAUGCUGGUACAGGUCAGAGAUCCAGAGGAACGCUACGAGAGCGUUGGGGAGCUUAUGAUUGCACUGGUCGAGGUCUCUGAUGUAGAGAAGGGAGAAAGAAAAUAUCACAGUGAAGGAGUUCAUGUGGCUGGAAUAAAGUGUGUGACUGUGACAAAUGGUGAAGAAUACUAUAUGUGGAGUGCUUCUGCAGAAGGAUGUAGCCGCAUGAGAAACACCGAUAUAGCUAUUACUUUAUAGACAUGAAAAAGUAAAGGCAGUAGUCGACUGUUCUUCUCUAAUUAGCUAAGAAUUAAGCAAGCGUUUGUUCUUUGUUGAUCAACAAACGACCAAGACCUAGAAAUUGAUGUGAAGGAUUUCGAGUUGAGUGUAACUGAUUUUUCACAUCUAGAAAUCGUGAACCUGGUUAUACACGAAGAGACAAAUUGGAAGUUGGUUUUAGCCAGGAAGGAGUCAUUUGUUUCUGUGAUCAGCGAUCGAGCUUUCAACUAAUGUCAUAGAUCUCAGUUUCUGUAUCUGAUCAGUACUAGCAAGUUUGGAAUAAUUUGAACACCAAG